AUGUCGUUCAUUCACAAUCAUUUCAAUUCAUCCAGUAUUCCUACGAUAAGGUCCGCUAGAGUAUUUAGAAGAAAUCCCGAGAGUGGUCCGGCCUCUCCUAACACGGCAAAAUUACAAACUCAGCCAGUCAGCUAUUUUUCCCAACCGCAGCAAACUCAGCAUCAAGUCUCGAAUCACAAAGAAAUACGUUCAUAUGCUGAGCAAACCCUUGGAUCAGGAUCUGCCUUAGCACAGGCUGUCAAACUACCACUAGACGAAGAUCUUAACGAGUGGUUAGCUGUGCAUGUUGUUGACUUUUAUAACCAGGUCAACAUGUUAUACGGAACUAUUACUGAAUUCUGCUCACCCAUCACUUGCCCCCGAAUGAUAGCUACCCAAGAGUAUGAAUAUUUGUGGCAAGACCCUAUGAACAGAAGUAGCAACAAACCAACAUCUAUGUCUGCUCCAGGUUAUGUUGAAGCGCUUAUGGUGUGGAUACAAGGCUUUCUAGAUGAUGAUAGCAUCUUUCCAACGAAAAUGGGAGUGGGAUUUCCCAAACAGUUUCCGUCCUUAGUGCGAACUAUUAUGAAGCGAUUGUUUCGUGUUUACGCUCAUAUGUACUGCCAUCAUUUUGAUGAGAUAAAUGAGCUUGGGCUGCAAACACAUUUGAAUACAUCCCUGAAACAUUUUGUGUUAUUUUGCUCUGAAUUCCACAUUCUCACUUCCAAAGAUUACGGUCCUCUUGAUGAACUUGUUUCCAGAAUGCUGGAUGACAGGGAUCGAAAAUGA